UCUCGCUGGCCGACGCCGUGAACCAGGAGUUCCUGACCACGCGCACCAACGAGAAGGUGGAGCUGCAGGAGCUCAACGACCGCUUCGCCAACUACAUCGAGAAGGUGCGCUUCCUGGAGCAGCAGAACGCGGCGCUCGCCGCCGAGGUGAACCGGCUCAAGGGCCGCGAGCCCACGCGCGUGGCCGAGCUCUACGAGGAGGAGCUGCGGGAGCUGCGGCGCCAGGUGGAGGUGCUCACCAACCAGCGCGCCCGCGUCGACGUGGAGCGCGACAACCUGCUCGACGACCUGCAGCGCCUCAAGGCCAAGCUGCAGGAGGAGAUCCAGCUGAAAGAAGAAGCAGAGAACAAUUUGGCUGCCUUCCGAGCGGAUGUGGAUGCAGCUACUCUAGCUCGCAUUGACCUUGAGCGCAGAAUCGAAUCUCUCAACGAGGAGAUCGGCUUCCUUAAGAAAGUACACGAAGAGGAGAUCCGUGAGCUACAGGCCCAGCUUCAGGAACAGCAGGUCCAGGUGGAGAUGGACAUGUCCAAGCCAGACCUCACCGCCGCCCUCAGGGACAUCCGGGCUCAGUACGAGACCAUCGCGGCUAAGAACAUCUCUGAAGCUGAGGAGUGGUACAAGUCAAAGGUGUCAGACCUGACUCAGGCGGCCAACAAGAACAAUGACGCACUGCGCCAGGCCAAGCAGGAGAUGAUGGAGUACAGACACCAGAUCCAGUCCUACACCUGUGAGAUCGACGCCCUCAAGGGCACAAAUGAUUCCCUGAUGAGGCAGAUGCGGGAGCUGGAGGACCGCUUUGCCAGUGAGGCCAGUGGCUACCAGGACAACAUCGCGCGCCUGGAGGAGGAGAUCCGGCACCUCAAAGAUGAGAUGGCCCGCCACCUGCGCGAGUACCAGGAUCUGCUCAAUGUCAAGAUGGCCCUGGAUGUGGAGAUUGCCACCUACCGGAAGCUGCUGGAGGGCGAGGAGAGCAGGAUCAACCUCCCCAUCCAGACCUUCUCUGCCCUCAACUUCCGAGAAACCAGUCCUGAGCAGAGGGGGUCCGAGGUCCAUACCAAGAAGACGGUGAUGAUCAAGACCAUCGAGACUCGGGAUGGGGAAGUCGUCAGUGAGGCCACACAGCAGCAACAUGAGGUGCUCUAAAGAGAGAGGCAGAGAGCGGUCUCAGGCUGGUGGGAGGGGCGCCCACCUCCUCACACCUGCCCCUCCCCCACUGCAGGGGCUCUGGACUGAAACAAUAAAGAGAUAAGCACAAGC